AUGUCCAAACUGGCAGGACUGAGAGACAGCUCGAACCUACUAGGUGAGAAAAACAAGCUUCUGGUUGCCAACAGAGGUGAGAUUCCCAUCAGAAUCUUCCGUUCGGCGCAUGAGCUGUCAAUGAAGACGGUCGCUAUCUACUCGCACGAGGACAGACUGUCGAUGCACAGACUCAAGGCAGACGAGGCGUACAUGAUCGGCAAAGAAGGCAAGUACACGCCCGUGGGCGCGUACCUGGCAAUCGACGAGAUCUUGAAGAUCGCCAAAGAGCACAACGUGGACUUCAUCCACCCGGGGUACGGGUUUUUGUCUGAGAACUCGGAGUUCGCGCAGAAAGUCGAGGCUGCAGGGAUCACGUGGAUCGGCCCUUCGGCAGAGGUCAUCGAGUCUGUGGGUGACAAGGUUUCUGCGAGAAACCUCGCUGCCAAGGCCGACGUGCCUGUUGUGCCUGGUACGCCGGGCCCUAUUGACUCCGUGGAGGAAGCGCAGGCCUUCGUCGAGGAGUACGGAUACCCGGUCAUCAUCAAGGCUGCCUACGGUGGUGGUGGUAGAGGUAUGAGAGUCGUUCGCGAGGGCGACGACAUCGCCGACGCGUUCCAGCGUGCCACCUCCGAAGCCAAAACCGCCUUCGGAAACGGAACCUGUUUCAUCGAGAGAUUCCUCAACAAACCUAAGCACAUUGAGGUCCAACUUCUCGCUGAUGGAUACGGCAACGUCGUUCACCUGUUCGAGAGAGACUGUUCCGUGCAGAGAAGACACCAGAAGGUCGUGGAAGUCGCUCCUGCCAAGACCUUGCCCAAGGACGUGCGUGACGCUAUUCUAACCGAUGCCGUCAAGCUGGCAAAGGUCGCAGGCUACAAGAACGCAGGUACUGCUGAGUUCUUGGUCGACGACCAGAACAGACACUACUUUAUCGAAAUCAAUCCAAGAAUCCAGGUUGAGCACACAAUCACAGAGGAAAUCACCGGUAUCGAUAUCGUUGCUGCUCAAAUUCAAAUUGCCGCCGGCGCUUCGCUGCAGGAGCUAGGCCUUCUGCAGGACAAAAUCAUUACUCGUGGUUUCGCCAUCCAAUGUAGAAUCACCACCGAAGACCCCGCCAAGAACUUUCAGCCAGAUACCGGCCGUAUUGAGGUCUACCGCUCUGCAGGUGGUAACGGUGUUAGACUGGACGGUGGUAACGCCUACGCGGGCUCCAUCAUUUCGCCUCACUACGAUUCCAUGUUGGUCAAGUGCUCUUGCUCUGGCUCUACUUAUGAAAUUGUCCGUCGCAAGAUGUUGCGUGCCUUGAUUGAAUUCAGAAUCAGAGGCGUGAAGACAAACAUUCCAUUUUUGUUGACUCUGUUGACCAACCCCGUAUUUAUUGAUGGUUCCUAUUGGACCACUUUCAUUGACGACACUCCUGAGUUGUUCAAGAUGGUAUCUUCUCAGAACCGUGCUCAGAAGCUCCUGCACUACCUUGCAGACUUGGCUGUCAAUGGCUCCUCUAUCAAGGGUCAAAUGGGUCUACCUAAGUUGCACACGCAGCCAUCAGUUCCAACCCUGCACGACUCUAACGGAGAGGUGAUCGACGUCCUCACAACCCCCCCACCUUCGGGGUGGAGACAAGUUUUGCUGGAACAAGGUCCAGCUCAGUUUGCCAAGGCUGUUCGCCACUACAAGGGUACUUUGUUGAUGGACACUACAUGGAGAGAUGCUCACCAGUCGCUGUUGGCUACUAGAGUUCGUACCUACGACCUUGCUGCCAUUGCCCCAACUACCGCCCAUGCUCUGUCUGGCGCUUUCGCGCUUGAAUGUUGGGGAGGUGCCACUUUCGACGUCGCCAUGAGAUUCUUGCACGAAGACCCAUGGGAGCGUUUGAGAAUUUUGAGAAAGCUUGUUCCAAACAUUCCAUUCCAAAUGUUGCUGCGUGGUGCCAACGGUGUCGCUUACUCCUCGCUGCCUGACAAUGCCAUCGACCACUUUGUCGAGCAAGCCAAGGAGAACGGAGUUGACAUUUUCAGAGUGUUUGACGCUUUGAACGACCUCGAGCAGCUCAAGGUUGGUGUCGAUGCUGUCAAGAAGGCGAAUGGUGUCGUUGAAGCUACCAUCUGUUACUCCGGUGACAUGCUGCAGCCUGGAAAAAAGUACAACUUGGACUACUACCUAGAGAUUACCGACAAGAUCGUUCAGAUGGGUACUCACAUCUUGGGUAUCAAGGAUAUGGCUGGUACAUUGAAGCCAUCUGCUGCUAAAUUAUUGAUUGGCUCCAUUAGAGCCAAGUACCCAGACCUUCCAAUCCACGUUCACACUCACGACUCCGCCGGUACCGCUGUUGCUUCCAUGGCUGCUUGUGCCUUUGCCGGUGCUGAUGUUGUUGAUGUGGCCACCAACUCUAUGUCUGGUAUGACUUCGCAGCCAUCGAUUAACGCUUUGCUCGCGUCUCUAGACGGUGAAAUCGACACUGGUGUGAACGUCAACAUGGUGCGUGAGCUUGACGCUUACUGGGCGCAAAUGAGAUUGCUCUACUCUUGCUUCGAGGCAGACUUGAAGGGCCCAGAUCCAGAAGUUUACGAGCACGAAAUUCCAGGCGGACAACUCACCAACCUGCUUUUCCAGGCCCAGCAAUUGGGACUUGGAGAAAAAUGGGCUGAAACCAAGAGGGCUUACAGAGAUGCCAACUACCUGCUUGGCGACUUGGUGAAGGUCACUCCAACCUCUAAAGUUGUUGGUGACUUGGCGCAGUUUAUGGUGUCCAACAAAUUGACUCCAGACGAUGUCAGACGUUUGGCAUCCUCUUUGGACUUCCCAGACUCUGUUAUGGAUUUCUUUGAGGGUUUAAUCGGACAGCCAUACGGUGGCUUCCCUGAGCCAUUGAGAUCCGAUGUUUUGAAGAACAAGAGAAGAAAGCUGACUUGCCGUCCCGGUCUUGAGUUGGCUCCGUUCGACCUGGCCGGAAUCAAGGAAGAUCUUCAAGAUAGAUUUGGCGACAUCGACGAAUGUGACGUUGCGUCAUACAACAUGUAUCCAAAGGUUUACGAAGACUUCCGCAAGAUGAGGGAAACCUACGGUGAUCUGUCGGUGCUACCAACCAAGAACUUUUUGUCUCCACCAACCGUUGGCGAGGAAAUUGUUGUCACCAUCGAGAAGGGUAAGACUCUGAUCAUCAAGCCUCAGGCGAUUGGUGAACUGAACAAGGAAACUGGUUUGAGGGAAGUGUAUUUCGACCUAAACGGCGAAUUGAGAAAGGUUUCUGUUAUUGACAAGUCUCAAAAGGUUGACACUUUGUCGAAGCCAAAGGCUGAUGCCCACGAUCCCUUCCAGAUCGGCGCACCAAUGGCGGGCGUCAUCAUUGAAGUCAAGGUUCACAAGGGUUCCUUGGUCAAGAAGGGUCAACCUAUUGCUGUCCUGAGUGCCAUGAAAAUGGAAAUGGUUAUCUCCUCCCCCACAGACGGGCAAGUCAAGGAUGUGCUAGUUAAGGAUGGUGAAAAUGUGGACGCCUCUGACCUCCUGGUAUUCUUAGAGGAAUCUGUCCCACCAAAAGAAUAG